CGGUACGCGGUGGGACCAUUGGCGGUUGGGGGGCGGGAAAGGGGCGUCGUGGUGACCGAGGGUAAGAUGAUAGCGACCGGGCCGCUGAGAAAAACCCUGCUCUCAGCUGCUGUUUGCCUUUGUUGGAGAAGGGUGCCAUGCUUGGCUGUUUCUUUACAGAGCCGUUCUGUGUUAUUGGCUGACAAAAUUCAUAUCUUAUCCCCCCGGGGAUUGCGAGUAGCUGAAAGGUGGUUUUCAGUUGGUCAAGAAUCAAAGACUACCGCACCUCAGGACACUGUGUUCCUCAGUGAUAGCUGUGUUAAGCGCCUACGACAGAUUUUGGAAAAAGGUGAGGUCCUGAGGGUACAAGUCGAAGGAGGAGGCUGCUCAGGAUUCCAAUACAAAUUCACUGUGGAUAAAACAAUAGACCCAGAUGACAGGGUCUUUGAACAGGAUGGAGUUUCACUUGUCGUUGAUUCUGACAGUAUGGAGUACCUGAAGGGAGGGACAGUGGAUUACAGUGAGGAACUAAUCCGAAGCUCAUUUCAAGUGAUCAACAAUCCACAGGCAGAACAUGGAUGUUCUUGUGGGAGUUCCUUUUCCAUCAAGUUGUAAAGUGAGACCUUUGUGUAGCAAUUUUUCUCUGAUCUUCUGUUUAAAAAGUUGCUCACGAAAUCUGCAAUAACCUGGCCAGGAAAAGACGCAGCCGUGCUUAAAACACAAUGUUGUGACCUUGUAGCCUUGUUAAAUAUUGCAAAGAUGACAAAUGCUGAGAGAACACUGGAGUUUGCAUUAUUUAUGCUUUGCAUUGAUACUGUCAAAUAUUUUGAAACAGAAUGUAAUAGUAGUAAUAGCAAAAGUUGUACAAAUAUUUUUUCUUAACACGAUAUCCCUUUGACUCUUCUAAAUUAAAUAAUAAUGUGAAGGAUGGUGAACAAAUUAAAUAAUCGAGUCUAAAUUGUCUCACCACACCCGAAAAAGACAGCAAAGUAUAUUGUUUUUUUUAACUCUCUUGUUUGAAGCGGAGUAUCUACCAUGGUGCCUGGCUGCUUCCUGGUGACCUGAUUUGGGUGGAAAUGACCUGUCAAAUUUUAGCCCUUCUCUAACUUUCACUGAUCUUUAACUGCUUGAACAUGUAUUGGCAUUUUUCCCCAACAGAGAUAACUAUCUUUGAAGUUAGGUCAUACUCCUCAGUUUCACUUGACCACUCUGUUCUGUUACUAAUAUUGGAAUGUUGUAGAAACUUUGUUAUUUUCUAACAUCUUAAUUUGAAAAUGACCCACUAAGUUUGUCUUCAUCCUUUCAGACAAAGAAUGCCAGAUCUUGGCAACUAGCUGCAAAAGAAAUCUCUUUGUAGUUCCCUUCUGAUUCUUUUGUGAAUUACCUUCUGGUCCUCUGGUUAUCAACCCUCUUGCCAAUGGAAUUUGUUACUAUCAAAACCCUUCAUAAUUUUGAACACUGCUGUUGGAUCUCUUUCUCUUUGCCCCCAUCCACCAUAUUUUCUUUCUAUGAACAACAAUCAGCUUUCUUAGUUUCAACUUGUGUGUUAGAAUCUGUUAAGUCUUCUGACUAUUUGCUUCCUGUUUUAAGGUAGUAACUCUAAUUGCAAAUUACUCACCUGCACUAAUAAAGUUACGCUACAGUAAAAUUUUAUUUGGACUUGAAGUUGAUAACUGGUGUGAGCCUCAGGAAUAUUUCUUCUUUCUCCAAUGCUAUCCAGAAUGGUUUGCUGAAAUUUAUGUAGUAUUUAUUUUUUUAAAAAUUGGCAUGAUUGCCAUUAUGAUGAACUUCAUUGUUACUUUUUAAAUUUGUCUUUGUUAAUUUGCAACAAAGCAAAAAGGAUGCUGAACUGAUUUGUCCAGUAUGGCUGUGUCAUUAUCAGAAACCCGCAUGAGGCUAGUCAGCACAGAAAGAAGAACAUGAAGCUUGGAUUUCUAUCUUGACACCAGCAGUGUUCGUCACAAAGGAAGUGCCUUUUGUGGGAAACUUGCCUUUAUUCUUGUGAUUAUUUUUGUCUGACAAUAGGCGACAAUGGCAGAUGAAAGAUUUGGUUUCAAUCUUACAAAGAACUAAACUGCUGCCAGUGUUAAUUGAAAAUAAAUUAGGAAUAGUUUCUGGGAUAAAAGAAAUGAACAAAUUACAGUAUUUGUAUUUAUAAAUCUCGAACCUAGUUUCCUUAUGCUUUUAUCAAUCUUUCAACUUGACAUCACUUUAAAUCCCCUUUCACUGUAUGAUUUCCCAGCUUGGUCAUAUUUCAUUCUUAACAUUACUGUUGCCGUUGAAGUGCUGACCAGGUUGUGUAGGUGGAAUUGUUCAUUGAAUCUAUCUGUAGUUUUUCCUCUACCUAGAAUGGCAUAUGAAGUAUCAACUUGCAUUUAUAUAUCACCCUUCAACACAUUCAAAUGUUCAAAGGUGUUUCAUAGGAGUCCUAAAAAAUAAUUGACAUCCUGCCACAUAAGACGAUAUUAGGAUAUAUGCGCAAAAACUUGGCCAAAGAAGGAAGUUUCAAGGAUUGUUUAAAGGAUGGAGUAGCAUGUAACUUCUAUUGUUAUAUUUAAAUACAUUAGUGAGAAAAGCAAAUGUACUUGUGAAGUAUUUGAUUUAACCUUGCCAGAGACUCAGGAUCUGACAACAAAUGGUGUCAACAAAAUGUCACAGGUAGAGUGUUGAUUUACUCUCCCUUGCCUUGAUUUCUUUGCACAUUAGGGAUAGCUGUACAAAGUAGGAAAUUCAUGAAAUGUCCUGCAGUUUCUUACUUAAAAUAAGUCAAAAACAUUUAACAAUUAGUCUAGCAUUUUUUAAAGCUAUCUGGUGAGCUUCAGCACUGAUUUAAAAGUGAAAUACUGCAUGGCAAUAUGAAAUAAAAAAUGAAAAUCUCAAAUUCUGAACACAUCAGACAGCAAAUGUGGAUACGGAAGCCAAUUUGGCAGAGAUUCUGUUGCACCCCACUGGUUAGUUCCAACAUUUUCUGCUCUUGCUUCGAAGCAUCCUUGCUUUCUGAUACAGCAAAUUGGUGAAGUUUAGACUAUUUUGCCUUUAAUAGUAGGAAAAGCAGACAGGGUGUUACUUCAGCUAUGCUAUGAGAUAUACUAAGUACAUGGGACAAAAGAGGGACGGGAAGGUAAAAAGAGCUACACGAAAGCAUGUCCGUGUUGAGGAGCUAGUUAAUAGUGAAAUAUACAGACAAUAUGAAUGCAAUGCAGCAAGAUAAUAAAGGUCCUACUCACAAGAGUCCGAUACAGAAAAGUGGUGAAAAGGGAAAAGUGCUGUACUUUAUUUUUGGCAUCUUUCUUGUUUUGUGCAGUUACCUCACUAACAGGCAGAUAAUACGGAGCCUUCCAUCCCUGCAAUGCCCUGUUCUAUUGAUCUGGCUUGUGUUACAAAUAGGUACAUUCACACUUUGAAAUCAGGCUUGUUAUUCCUUCAACAGCAUGUAGUUUUUCAGAAAGCAAAACCUUGUUCAAACAAAAUGAAUGUCUUAGAUUUUGGAGAGUGGGACUUUACUUCCCUGUCCUUUUGUCUCAGAAACAGAAAAAAAAGCCAUGACAGAGUUCAACAUUUGUGUUUUAAUGUUCCAAACAAAAAAGACAAGGUAUUUUUGUAGUUGUCAUAAUAGCAAGUUGUAAAAUUGUAUAUACUUUUUGUGUUCAAUAAUAAAGGUUAAUGGAAUGUG